AGAUCUUGGAGCUGCGGUAGGCAGCCACUGAGGCGAACCGCUAAAGGGAACCUUCCUAGUAUGGACGACCCCGCGGCGCCCGGGCCCUCCGGCUCUCCGGCUAAUGACAACGGCAAUGGCAAUGGCAACGGCAACGGCAACGGCAACGGCGGCAAAGGGAAGCCGGCUGUACCCAAGGGCCGGGAAGCGUUCCGCAACCAGCGGCGGGAGUCGGAGGGCUCUGUGGACUGCCCUACUCUAGAGUUUGAAUAUGGAGAUGCAGAUGGACAUGCAGCUGAAUUGUCAGAAUUAUAUAGCUACACAGAGAGCCUGGAAUUUACCACUAACAGGAAGUGCUUUGAAGAAGAUUUCAAGACUCAAGUGCAGGACACUAAGGAAUGGCUGGAGUUGGAAGAAGAUGCCCAAAAGACCUACGUGAUGGGACUUCUAGACCGACUGGAGGUGGUCAGCAGGGAACAACGGCUUAAGGUGGCCCGGGCUGUUCUCUAUCUAGCCCAAGGCACUUUUGGGGAAUGCGAUUCCGAGGUUGAUGUGCUACACUGGUCCAGAUACAAUUGCUUCCUGCUCUAUCAGAUGGGGACUUUCUCAGCCUUCCUGGAGCUACUCCACAUGGAAAUCGACAACAGCCAGGCCUCUAGUAGUGCCCUUCGGAAACCAGCCGUCUCCAUUGCUGACAGCACUGAGCUCAGGGUACUGCUGAGUGUCAUGUACCUAAUGGUGGAAAAUAUCCGCUUGGAGCGAGAAAUAGACCCCUGUGGGUGGAGGACAGCCCGAGAGACCUUCCGAACCGAACUGAGUUUCUCCACACAUAAUGAAGAGCCUUUUGCACUCCUGCUGUUUUCCAUGGUUACCAAAUUCUGCAGUGGCCUGGCCCCCCACUUUCCAAUAAAGAAGGUUCUGCUUCUCCUCUGGAAGGUGGUCAUGUUUACCCUUGGUGGAUUUGAGCACCUGCAGGCUCUCAAAAUACAGAAGCGUGCAGAGUUGGGCCUGCCUCCACUAGCUGAGGACAGUAUCCAGGUCGUAAAGAGCAUGCGUGCUGCCUCUCCACCUUCUUACACUCUUGAUCUGGGCGAGUCUCAGCUGGCCCCGCCACCCUCCAAACUGCGGGGCCGCCGUGGCUCUCGAAGGCAACUCCUUACCAAGCAGGACAGCCUGGACAUCUACAAUGAAAGGGACCUCUUCAAGACUGAGGAGCCGGCCACAGAGGAGGAGGAGGAACCUGCAAGUGAUGGGGAACGAACCUUGGAUGGAGAGUUAGACCUUCUAGAACAGGAUCCUCUGGUACCACCUCCACCCUCACAGACACCUCUCUCUGCUGACCGGGUGGCCUUUCCCAAGGGCCUGCCCUGGGCCCCAAAGGUUAGACAGAAGGACAUUGAACACUUCUUGGAGAUGAGCAGAAACAAGUUCAUUGGAUUCACUCUGGGGCAGGACACAGAUACCUUGGUUGGAUUACCUCGACCCAUCCACGAGAGUGUGAAGACUCUAAAGCAGCACAAGUACAUCUCCAUUGCAGAUGUACAGAUAAAGAAUGAAGAGGAGCUGGAGAAAUGCCCCAUGUCCUUGGGAGAAGAGGUGAUACCAGAAACACCAAGUGAAAUCCUCUACCAGGGCAUGCUGUACAGCCUCCCCCAGUACAUGAUUGCUCUGCUUAAGAUUCUGCUGGCUGCAGCCCCCACCUCCAAGGCUAAGACAGACUCUAUCAAUAUCCUGGCAGAUGUCCUGCCUGAAGAGAUGCCUGUGACUGUUCUCCAGAGCAUGAAGCUAGGCAUUGAUGUGAACAGACACAAGGAGAUCAUUGUGAAGAGUAUCUCUGCCCUGCUCCUUCUACUUCUCAAACACUUCAAACUCAACCAUAUCUACCAGUUUGAAUAUGUGGCACAGCAUUUAGUGUUUGCCAACUGCAUCCCCUUGAUCCUGAAGUUCUUCAAUCAAAACAUCCUGUCCUAUAUCACUGCCAAAAACAGCAUUUCAGUGCUGGAUUACCCAUGCUGUACCAUCCAGGAUUUGCCAGAGCUUACUACUGAGAGUCUGGAAGCCGGAGACAACAGCCAGUUCUGCUGGAGGAACCUCUUUUCCUGCAUCAACCUCCUGAGGCUGCUCAAUAAGCUGACCAAGUGGAAACACUCCAGGACCAUGAUGUUGGUGGUGUUUAAGUCAGCUCCAAUCUUAAAGCGAGCUCUCAAAGUCAAACAGGCCAUGCUACAACUUUAUGUCCUGAAGCUACUAAAGAUACAGACCAAGUACCUUGGGCGCCAAUGGAGAAAAAGCAAUAUGAAGACCAUGUCAGCCAUUUACCAGAAAGUGCGCCACCGUAUGAAUGAUGACUGGGCUUAUGGGAAUGACAUCGAUGCCAGACCAUGGGACUUCCAAGCUGAAGAAUGUACCCUGAGGGCCAACAUCGAGGCCUUUAACAGCCGACGAUAUGAUAAACCGCAGGACUCAGAAUUUUCACCUGUGGAUAACUGCCUGCAGAGUGUGCUGGGGCAGAGGUUGGAUCUGCCUGAAGAUUUCCAUUACUCCUAUGAGCUCUGGCUGGAGAGAGAGGUGUUUUCACAGCCCAUCUGUUGGGAGGAGCUGCUCCAGAAUCACUGAUGGAGGUUGGAUCCAGGAACCCAUUCAGCCUUCUCCGUGAACCCCAGGAGGGUG